UCUGUUUAAAGGGGUGACUGGGAAGUUAGGCUUUCUCCCGCAUUGGAUUCCGAAAUGUAAAAGGGAUGGGAUAGAAACUGGAUAGCAAUAACUUUCCCUAAAGUUGAAAGGGAGUAGGAGGAGUUUUGGGGGCGUUGUGGGGUCUUGGAGCCGCUGCGGUAGCCACAGCAACGACUGAUUCCAAUCAGACUGUCAGCCGCGCUCGCCUAGUUGGACGCAGGAGAUAAUUGCAAGGUUGUCGCUUCACAAAGGCUCUCUUUUGAUUGUGUUAACAAGAUGUUUAUUUCGAGCAGCAGAGUUAUUUGCAAAGAAGAAGAAGAAGAUUGAUUUGUGCCGUGCCUGAUCUGACUGAAUUUUGAUUCUGAAGAAAGGGAGGAAAGGCAUUACCCUUGGCAUUUUCUAUUGGCCCUUUUUCACAAAGCCACUUCCUGGACCCUUUCCAUCUGAACCUAUGACCAAGGAUUUCACCAUAGCCCCAGCUCUUGUUUUCCAGUUUCAGAAGAUGGGUUCAUUCCGAAGGCCGCGUUUCAUGAGCUCCCCAGUGCUGAGUGAUUUGCCACGGUUCCUAGCAGCUCGGCAAUCUCUACAGCUCAGCUCCAACUCUGCAUGGAACAGUGUUCAGACAGCAGUGAUCAAUGUGUUCAAAGGGGGAGGCUUACAAAACAAUGAACUCUACACCCUCAAUGAAAAUGUAAGGCGAUUGUUGAAGAGUGAACUUGGAUCCUUCAUCACAGACUAUUUCCAGAACCAGCUCCUUGUGAAGGGCUUGGUGUUCAUGGAGGAGAAGGUUAAGCUUUGCGAAGAAGAGAAUCGCAUCCACAUAUUAUCUGAAAUCUGGGAUCAUUUCUUCACAGAGACUCUUCCCACACUUCAGGCUAUAUUUUAUCCUGUUCAGGGCCAAGAACUGACAAUUCGCCAGAUUGCCUUGCUCGGCUUCCGAGAUUUGGUCUUAUUAAGAGUGAAUUUGGAUGAGAUCCUUCCUCGGGUCCAAACCAAUCUCCCACCUUCCAUUGUCCAGAUGCUACUGAUUUUACAGGGAGUGCAUGAACCUACAGGUCCCAGUAAGGCCUUCAUGCAAUUGGAGGAGCUUGUUAAACUCGUGGUCUCCCCGUACCUUGGUUUGUGUGAAGAACACUGCUUCCCAGGCAGUACCUGUGCCCUGGAGAAAAGGUAUUAUAGACCUCGUGCCAAACUCAAUGGGCUGAGCUUCUCUCCUCACACUGUGGCAGCACGACAGGUCAGUGAGACUGCCUUGACGCCCCUGACUGAACAGGAGGGUGAGGCGUACCUGGAGAAGUGUGGAACUAUCCGUCGCCAUACUGUUGCCAAUGCUCACUCUGAUAUCCAGCUGUUGGCCAUGGCUUCUAUUAUGCACUCGGGAAUGGUGGCAGAAGAACCAGACAGUGGUGACACAUGUCUCCUCCUGCAGCCCAGCUUAAACCAUAGGCAAUGUUCCAGUGAGCCCAGUAUAGCAGAUGGACCAGAAGAGCUGGGUACAACAACCAUGCAGGAACCUACAGAACUGAACUGCACAUCUGUCUGCUGAAACGCUGGGCUGAGGGAAAGACAGAUGACGUGUGCUAAGCAAACAAUUGUUUUGUUAUUUGCUGAGAACUAUGGAGGUCAAAUUCCAGAAGGGAGAGCCAUGUGCCAUGUCCUGGGCUGCCAUACAUUUCUGACUUACGUUUUUGAAGAGCUCUUGGAAAUACUAGUUGUCAGGCUAGGUUCUAAUUUUGUGUGGCUUAUUUUUUUUCAAGGUACAAGGGUGCUAAAUUUCAACUUCUUUCCUUCCCUUUUGUCUGGCUUUCUCAGAACUUCUUUUCAACCAGGUUUCUCUUCCUGAGUUGACCUUCCACUUUUUGCCAUAUCCAGUGUAUGGUGUCCUACAAUACGCCUAUAAUGGUGUUCUGCAGUGUAGAUCAGGGAAGGAUGAGCAACGCUGUUGGGGACACACUUUCCCUUGAGGACAGUAUGUGGUAUAUACAGGAAGCCAGCUAUGGAAUAUGCUAGUUUUGUAUGAGACUGAUGGUUGGUUCAUACAGAAGUGCGCUGCAAGUCUGAACUGGAGGGAUGGGAGUUGUGAAACUGCACCCAUUUUCCAGGGUUGGAGCCCUAUAACAUGCUGAAUUAGCUUUGCCUUGUUCAGCCACAAAAACUGGCAACAAAGUUGCUCAGGCCAUUUCUGAAAGUUAUGGGGUUUGAGGUUUUCUUUUCAGAACUGCUCUUCUCAGGGAUCACUCAAGUAUAUUCCAAAGAAGUAUCUAAGGUGGACUUCUACAACUUGGUACCCUCCCAUCAACCCCACCCAACAUGGCUAACUGUCAGGUGGUGGGAGUUGGAGUCUAACAACAGCUGGAAGGCACUGGGUUGGGAAGGCUGCUUUAAAUAUUUAGGUUUUAGGAGAGGCCAUUAGAAAAAAGGCGUGGGAUUUUUUAGGAUCUCAUGCUAGGGAAACUAUCUUUGACUAUAUACCAAUGGUAACAAAAGAAUAAUAGCAGUGAUGAGCUCUUAAGCAUCCAACAAUUGUGUAGUGCUGUUCAAGAGAUUAACUUCUAUCACUGUGGGAAAAUGACCACUCUUCGAAUGUCUUCAGUGAACAUCAAGAAUGAGGCUUUCUUACUGCACAAUGGGAUUGCAUUGUAUAUAGAAGCCCUUAGACUGAUGAGGAGCUAAUUCUUGCUCUUGCAAAACUGGGACAGUUGGUGACUGGUAUGGAGAAUGAGGGUGCCACUAACUCCAGCAUCAGGACAGACAGAUUAGCUUUCUGGAAGCUGUGUGGUGGUGCUGCAUUUCAGGACUCCAGUCUCUAGGAAUGGGACUCCAGUCACAUCAGAUCUCUACUUCCAAGUACCUUUGGAAAACCAAGUUAUUGGGGGGGGGAGAGGAAAGUUUUUCAGAUGUAGGGCUGGUCUUCUUUCCUCAAUGUGGAUGGGGCCAAGAGCCCUCUAGUAACUGGAAUAGCCAGUUGUUUACUUAAAAAAACACACACACCAGUAUCAUACUAUCUUUUUCUUUUGUGUGAUACUCGUUCUGUGAUAGGUACCUCUUUAUGGAAGUAGAAUACAACCCAAGGAAUUAAGUUUUAAUUAAUUAAAUUAAGGAGAGGGAUGGAGCUUGGUUAUAUACCUGUAAAGUUUGACAUAAGACAUACAGGUGCACAGAGACAGUUCUGUUUUGAUGAAUUAGUUUUUAAGCUGUAAAAGGACCUGCUGAAUGAAAUUGGUGGGGAUUUGGGAUACAUAGGUGGCCUGGCCUUGGCAAGGGCUUCCAAUAAGAGCUCCACAAAGACUUUGCAAGUCCUAGUCUGAAAGCCUUAUUUUCCAUUACAAGUAUAUAGGAUUAUAGCUUUUACCCGACAAAAGUAACUAAUUAGGAAUUGGAAAAAAAAGUCUCUUUAUCCUUCCACUACAUGUCCAUUCCUGGUUUUUAUUUGAAUUUGUAUUUUAUUCUGAAUAUGGAAUUUUCCAAGUAUGCUUGUCCCUGUGAGACCAAGCCAGGGUGGUGGUUACCACUCCACUCCAGGGCAAGGAUUAACUUGGUAAGGGAGUUUUACUUUGAAUAUCAAAUGGAAGCUUACAAAGAGAAAAAAAGGUAAUGUCUGGAAACAAAGUAGGAACUGGUGAUAAGUCUUCAAAUAGAAAUCCUCUUAGACCUAUGAGCUUUUAAAAAAAUCAUAAUGCAACCUUCAUUACUUACUUUCAUUUUACAUAUUCAUGUGAAACAGCUUUGAUGACUCCCACAGUAGAGACUUCUGCUUUCACACAUACCACAAGCAUGGAAAUCUGUCCAUUUUGGCAUCUCAGUUUGACAGAUCCCUGCAUCUUCUCAAGUUCCUCUGCUUGCCUUAAUUCUCUGAAAUCCCCAUUUUGCUGCACCCACUCAGCCUUCUCAUUUCCACUUGUACGCACAAAUACAUUCUUUCACUGUUGCUCAUAGGUAUAGUUAUCACAGACCUUCAUUUCUCUUUUUCCAUUCAAUCACCACUUUUCCCAGUCAAGGGUGUGUGUGUGUGUUAAACCUCAAAAUUCAGUGAACUUGGCAGUGAAGGAAGUAUAUAGUUUAAGCAGACUCAACAAUAGCAGUCUUGUAGAGCCAAACUUCAUAUGCCAUCUUCUCAGCAAGUGCUGUGCCACCAAGAACAGUCCUAAUGUAUAAUUGCAACCAUAUUCAUACAGCAGAACCAUAGCCACAGUUCUUCUCCGCUAAAACCUUACAUAGCCUUUCACUAGACCCAAGAUCUUUGCUCCCUUCCAGGAAAAUGUGGUACAGAUCAGUGAUGGUUAAACAGAGAAUGGAGAGCCAUACCCCAGUAGUAGAGCACAUGUUUUGGACGCAGAAGACCCCUGGGUUCCAUCCUUGGCAUCUCCAGUUACAGAAUCAGGUAGCUGAUGAUGGGAAAGACCUCUGGAAGAGCUACUGCCACUCAGAGUAGACAGUAUUGGGCCAGACACACAGACAGACUGACUGACUUGCUGUAAGUCAUCUUCAUACAGGCAGCAUUUGACUUAUACAAUCAUUUUGAAGCCUUCACUAAUCUACUUCCUAGGUAGGGUGAGGAUUGUAGGGAAUCCAGCAAGAUUGUGUUCUACUUUCAGUCUCUCUUGAUGCAUUUGGCCCCCAAUUCUUUUCAGGGAAUGGCACUGCCAAGGCCAAAAAGCAAUGUACAAAGGAGCACCAUGCUGCUUCAAACCUGGCAUGUGAAAUGAAUGUGCAGUUAGGGGACCAAACAAAGUUGAAGAAGUACACAAGUAUGUCCUGUGCUCCUUUUACUUGGGCAGCAGCUCAGUCCCUCCUCCAUACACAAACCUCAGGAAAGAGUUGUCCAAAAGCCUACUUUGUGUCCCAUGACAGUAUGACUUUGUUGAUCUGCAACUAUGGAGGUUGUUUCAGAGGUGGUUACUGUUAUCUGUCACUGAUGCUUCCUUUAUAAGGUGUGACAGCAUAAGAAGGGCAAGGGUUCCAUCUGCUCUCAGCAUCUGUCUCCACAAACGUGCCCAAUAUUAAAGCCAUCUAAGCUAGUAUUUUCCCGCCAUCUCUCUUGAUGUACUUUUCUUUAUAUUUAGAGUGGACUGAGAGGUCAAUACAAGCAUGCACAACUGAGGGUGUGGAAAUUAUUUGGGGGGAAGUUGAGUAUUUAUUGUCUUUGGAAUACCCCUACAUUGGCCCAUUUCAGCUGUAACACUAAACCACCAGUUUAACCACCAGUGCUAAGCCACUGUUUCAGUAUCUCCCCAUCCUGAUGCAGCCACAAGGUGGAGAUUAAAAAAUCUGCUUUCUCUUGUUCAGUAAACAAAUCUCAUCAGUUCAGCCAAAAAAAGGACAAAUGCCUUAUUCAGAUGCAACACUGAAUAAUAGUUCAUCCCUGUGGGAG